AUGGAUAUGGAAAUAUAUUCUCGAGGACAUUUCUGCUCCUGGUUUGCUCGGCUUGUGGUUCUUCUGUUGUUUGUCGGAAGAGGGGCUCUGGGAGAAAUACGAUAUUCUGUUCCAGAGGAGGUGAAAGAAGGAACUGUUGUUGGAAAUGUCGCUAAGGAUCUUGGGCUUGACAUCAACUCUUUGACUGAUCGACGGGUUCGUGUUGUUUCUGAAUCCAAGGAUGCAUUUUUUGAGGUAAACCGGGACAAUGGGGCUCUCUACGUGAGUAAGAAAAUCGACAGAGAAGAGCAGUGCCAGACCGGAGGGGCAUGCCUCAUAGAGCUGAAAAUUCUUGUUGAAAAUCCACUGGAAAUACACUACGUGCUUGUAGAAAUUACUGAUAUAAACGACCAUUCUCCGACUUUCCCCAAAGAAAAACAAACAUUUGAAAUAGGUGAACAAAUUUUGCCAGGAAGACGGUUUCAGUUGCAUACUGCUCGUGAUCCUGAUGCUGGCAUUAACUCUAUUCGUACAUACACUUUGACAUCAAAUGACCAUUUUGAUGUAGACAUCCGUCAAAGUGAUGAGGAUAAAAUACCAUUCUUAGUGCUGAAGAAAUCUUUAGACAGAGAACAAAAGAAAAAACACACGCUGCUCCUAACAGCAGUGGAUGGAGGUAAACCUCAGAGAUCAGGAACGCUAAAUGUUACAAUAAUUGUUCUUGAUAUCAAUGAUAAUCGUCCGAUGUUCAGUCAGGAGACUUACCAAAUUAUUAUAAAAGAAAAUAUCCCAGUCGGGACUUCAAUCUUUAGAAUGAAUGCUACAGAUCUGGAUGAAGGCACUAAUAGUGAGAUAGAAUACAGUCUUGGAACAACUCUAAAGAAAAACGUUUACGACGUAUUUGAAUUGGACAAAUUAAGUGGAGUGAUUAAAGUAAAGGGAGUGGUUGAUUAUGAGGAAAACGACGUUUAUAAACUCGAUAUUGAGGCAACAGAUAAAGGAACACCUCCAAUGACAGGGGAGAGUCGAGUUAUUAUCAAAAUCAAAGACGUUAAUGAUAAUCCGCCUGAAAUUGAAGUCACAUCACUGUCAAACACAGUGUCUGAAGAUUCAAAACCUGGAACAAUUGUUUCCCUAAUCAGAGUGAAAGAUAAAGAUGCUGGCCUUAAUGGAAAAAUAAUUACGAGCAUAACAUCAGACGUUCCGUUUGAAUUAAAACCUUCAUAUAAGGAAAACACUUACUCUGUUGUCACCAAGGGGCUCCUGGAUCGAGAGCAGGUGUCACAUUAUGACAUCACAAUAAAAGCCACUGACUGUGGUGACCCUCCAUUAUCAACAUUUAAAACUCUCAGCAUUCAGAUAUCAGAUGUCAAUGACAACAGUCCACAUUUUCAACAAAACCCAUUACACUUUUAUCUGGUAGAAAAUAACCUUGCUGGAGCCUCAAUAUUCUCUGUCAGCGCCACAGACAAUGAUAUCAAUGACAAUGCAGCCAUUUCAUAUCAUAUUGUGAGAGAGGGGACUCAGAAUGACAUCACAUCUUUCAUCAAUGUCAACUCUGAAAAUGGACACAUCACUGCGCUGAAAAGUUUCGACUUUGAAACAGUGAAAACGUUCACGUUCACUGUUGUGGCCACAGAUUCUGGAACUCCGUCACUCAGCAACAACGUCACAGUCAACGUCUUCAUUCUGGAUCAGAACGACAACGCUCCAGUCAUCCUCUAUCCACUCAGCUCCAACGGCUCUGCUGAAGGUGUGGAGGAGAUUCCACGCAAUGUCAACGCAGGACACUUGGUCACCAAAGUCAGAGCCUAUGACGCUGAUAUAGGAUAUAACGGCUGGUUGCUCUUCUCACUGCAACAAGUCACUGAGCACAGUCUCUUUGCUCUGGACCGAUACACAGGACAGAUCAGAACACUUCGCUCAUUCACAGAGACAGACGAGGCUGAGCAUAAACUCAUCAUACUGGUCAAAGACAAUGGCAACGUUUCCCUCUCUGCUACAGCUACUGUCAUUGUCAAAGUGGUGGAGCCCAAAGAGGCUUUCGCUGCGUCUGACGUCAAAAGUGCAACAAACGAUGACGAGGACAAUAAUGUGACUUUUUAUCUCAUGAUCACUCUGGCCUCAGUGUCUGCGCUCUUCAUCAUCAGCAUCAUCGUGCUGAUUGCAAUGCAGUGCUCCAAAUCCACUGACUAUACUUCCAAAUAUCUCCAAGAGACCAAUUAUGACGGGACACUGUGUCACAGCAUCCAGUACAGAUCUGGAGACAAACGCUACAUGUUGGUGGGACCCAGAAUGAGUAUAGGAUCUACUAUAGUCCCGGGCAGCCAUGCCAACACACUAGUGCUCCCUGACAGGAGGAGGGGCUCCACUGAGGUAAGAGCUCUGAAGCAAAUGCCACUUAUUUUGCUCUUUGUCUGGUUGUAA